UGCACAUGAUCUGUCUUGGGUCAAAAUCUCCGGUCUUUCUUACAGAAAAUUUAAACCUUCAAGAUAUAAGGAAUAAUGCUGAAGCUAUGUUUGAUGCCAGAUAUUCAAGUUGACGGGGAUUAACGCUUUUACCGUGCCACAUGGCUGACGUGGUCUGUGUGAUGACAAAUUCMAAAACUGUUGAUCGCAAUUCAAGUUUACAAAUUCUCACAACUACGAGAAUCUUUGAAAACUUGUCGGUAUAACAUUUAUACUUAUUGCUUCAGCUAUAAGUGGUAUUGGUACUGAUAUUAUCAAGCAUUUGAAAGCUCUACAGGACUGGUUGCCAGGAGAUAUUGUUCUUUCYUACAAAUUUCUCUGAUCUUUGGAAAACUAGGCCUGUUUCAARCAAUUUAGCGCUUCAAAUAUACUUCAAGCUUUAAACUACAGCACCUAAAAGACAGCUGGUCUCAACAAAUGUAUUGAAUUUGAGACACUUAAUWAGUUAUACAACAAAAAUAGGCAAUAAUCUUCAAAUAAUUUAAACUAUUAUGUCUGUUUUCAAAUACCUCACAAAGCGUCAAUUACAAGACACAACGCUGUCYAGAWCAACUAUAAGYAAUUUAAAGAACCAAAAAAUCCCUUUUUUAUUGAAACCUUCAAACAUUUCACUUGGGAAGACGGAUAAAGUGUUUGCGUCGAAUUGGUUGGAUGACCGACGAGUGAUCUUUGGUACAAAGUGUAAUAAGUUAUUUGUUUUAGAUGUUUUUACAAAAGAAAAGAUUGUUAUUCCAAUGUUACAAGGCAGUCCGCACUCUGUGAUGCCAUUAGCUUCAGCAGGAGUCCAUGAUAUAGCUAUAAAUGAAAGAAGAACACUGCUUGCCACUAAUGGUGAAAACCCAAACCAYUUAGCUGUUUAUAGGCUUCCUACUCUUGAACCAGUCCUGAUUGGCGAGAACCAUAGUGACUGGGUGUUUGGAACAGAAUGGAUUAACGAUAGAUUGAUAGCGACAGGMUCAAGAGAUGGGACAGUAUCAGUAUGGAAUACAGACAGCCUUAGGUCCAGUAGUAUGAACAAUGAGGUACUAAGAUUUGCWGGCACAAGGGGACACAUCAAGAUCAGGCCCCCAGYUCUAUCACCAAAGGCAACAUUCACAAGUCCUCUAAGUGAAGACAAAAUAAGGGAUUUGGCUUACAAUGGUUACACUGGGCAUCUGGUUGCUCUCUCCCCAAAUGCCUUCCUCUAUGUGUGGGACAUAGAGACCCAACAAAGACUUUCAACAAUUCAUUUACCUUAUGAGUAUGAAAAUGUCUGUUUAGCAUUGCACAAGGAAAAGGGACUAUAUGCUGUAGGGUCUCAAUCAGAUGUUUCAUUUAUGGACUUACGUACAGACAAGAAUGUGAGGAACAUCAGAACACAGGAUAUUGGGGCUGGCGUGCGUUCUGUGAGUUUCAAGGACUCGUUAGUCACCAUUGGAACUGGUCACGGUUCAGUAUAUUUCUAUGACCUCAAUCGCAAUAAAUAUCUUACAAAAAGAUGUGGACAAACACUUUCACUGAAGUCUGGAAAAGGCUGGUUGCGUAUGGAUAGCACUGUCUAUGAGUUUUUUACAGAACAAGACGUAGACUGCUUCAAAAAUGCUAUAUACACCCAUUGUUAUGAUCCAACUGAAACGAAACUSUUUACUGCUGGGGGACCCCUUGCUCUUGUCUUGUAUGGAAACUAUGCAGCACUCUGGGAAUGAUUAUGGUAUUUGAAUAUCACAUGAAAAAAUYGUGAUUUUAACAAGUGGAUGGAUUUCUUACUGCAAGGCAAGAAUAUGUAGAAAAAGAGAAACUUGGUGGUCUGGUAAGAAAAAAAGCUUAAAAAUGAAAGAUUUUGACCGCUUGGUACUUUUAAAAUAGAUGAUGAACUUUAUCUGGAAAGCAGGUAGAUUUAAGUACAGAACAAUAACAAUUUCACAUAAUUUUAUAAUUUUUAUUUAUGGAAAUUGCAGAUUGUUUCAGGUAAAAUGAGGAAUGUUAUCAAAAGUUUUAAUCUCGAUAAUGCUAUAAAAUAUUUUAGAUUUAAUAAAAUUCAGACGUAUGACUGUGUAUAAAGGAUUUUUCUAUAACAUCAACCACGGCAUACUAUGAACUAGGGUAGUUUGCAAUGCAACCCAAAAACACUUGCUCUACAGCUUUACAAUGACAGGUGAUGGGCGAAUAUGCUCCCCUCAUGUUGCUGAGACCAUGUGUCCUAAAGGCGGCUAAAUACGAGAAACAAAAACCCUCAACUUGGCGCGAAACAUUGUUUCUGUUCAAGUUGAGCAUCGGUGUUUCUUGUUUUUCACGAUUUAUUUUUGUUGCAUAACAAGUUGACGAUGCAUGAAAAACGAGAAACUUUGAUACUCAACUUUAACAGAAACAAUGUUGCGUGCCAAGUUGAUGGUUUUUGUAUCUCGUAUUUAGCUGCCUUAUCAGUGUACAUGCACAUUUUCCUGUUCUGAAACUCUUUUGUGCCAAUUUUUGCAGUGGUACAACAUUUCCUCAGGACACCUGAUCUCUAAUAUUCMAUGAUAUCCAGGAGUGGAUCUAUGGGAAAGGUGGAGGUGGUUGCAACCCCCCAUCCCCUAAGAAAGUGGUAGAUUUGAUAAACACUACCACACAUUAUUGGUAAGGUACUUAUGUCAACAUAGAGAAAAACGAAACAAAAGAAAGGUUAUAAUUCAUAACAAUGAUUAACAAGGUUAUAAUUUUCAUACGAUUUAAACUCACUUUCUGGUGGUAACCCUGUGGUACUUGCCCGCCAACCAAAGUAAUUGGAUUGAAACUAGUAGUCUCCCUAUCUCAAUGAUCUAUAUAUAUCUCUACACCAGUCUAACUUUUGAGCCCCCACCCCCCCUCCCCCCUUUCAAAAAAAAUCCUGGAUACUCCCCUGAUAUCAAUGCAGGUUUUACGCUUCCACUAAAUGAAUGUCCAGAGCCUUCUCUGAUUGGUCAGUUUUCUCCUUGGCCUCUUCUCCCCAGUCCUUCCCCAAUAGCCAGAUUUUCAGAGGUUAUAC